AUUUUAGGUUAUCUAAAUGUCAAAAAUGCAUAUAUAUUAGAAAUUUUUAUGUAAAAUAGUCCUUUUUUACUAAAACUCAAUCGUUUUUAUAGUAAUUAACGUGUACAAUGAGUUCCAAAGAUAAGAGUUUCAAAGACACUCUUAAAGAUAUUUUUAAACGGAAUAAAGGCAGCAUAGGCAGUUUCGGUAGCCGCAGCGAUGUUUUAUCAAUUAGCGAUGAAUUACUUAAAGAUUUAAGUAAGGAAUCGCCCUUGAAUACUAGAGUAAGGUUACUGAAAGAAUACAGUACCAAAGUAACUGAAAGCAAAUUAGAAAAUACAGCAGUAGAAAAACUAUGGAAAGCCAUAGAAGACUUAUUUGGGUCACAAUACCCAACGGAAGUGAGGCAUCUAGCCUUUCACUUCCUAAAAUGUCUGUUAAGAGGUCAAAUGCACAUAAACAAAAUAAUGAGAGCAAUAUUUUUCCACUUUAUAACCCAGCAUAACCAUCCUGAAGACACCGGACAAAGAUUUGACUUGCUUAACAUUCUGACAUCAAAUGGUAUUACUUUGCUGCAUUUCGAAGAAAAAGUAGGUAGGUUUCUGUUAAAUUGGCUUCCAGACGUCUCACAAGCUGGUAAAAUUGAAGAAUAUUUGAGCAUGUUAGACAACUUAGUGAGAUAUAAUGCUGCAUACUUGGACGAUGAGGUUAUUGCUGGGUUUAUUCAACAUAUUUGCUUAUAUUGCUGUAGCCCUAGCACUAAGACAGUGUCAUCUUGUUUGCAAAUAAUGUCAUCGAUAGUGGCUUAUAGUAACAUGCCUCCAGAAUCUUUACCAAAAUUCAUAGGAGCCCUGUGCAGAACUGUGGUCGUAGAAGAAUAUGCAAGUUCUAGUUGGGCUGUGAUGAAAAAUCUUUUAGGCACCCAUAUGGGUCACUCUGCUUUGUACACCAUGUGCCGAAUUUUACAGGAACCAGAUUUAAGAUCAGACACGGAUCUUUUGCGAGGCGCCGUUUUUUAUACUCACUAUGCGCUGUGGAGUUUGUCACCUUUAACGAAUUUACAUUGCCCACCUAGUUCUGUGUUGCCUUCGUUUUUACAGGCUGUCAAAUGCAACCAACCAGCUGUUGCAUACGAAGUCAUAUCAGGUCUGAAAGACCUGAUCCAAAGAAACGGACCCGAAUUACAAGACCCAGCUUGGUCCAUUCUCUUAAAAAUCAUUUCGCACAUAAUAUGCCAUAUAGAUUUAACCUCUUCGCAAGAAUCAAACAAGAUGAUAGUGGCUCCUCUACAUGAAACGCUCAAUCACAUAGAGCAUCUCAUGAAUAUCGACAGUUAUAACGGUUCUGUCAAGCAGUUCUAUGAUAUCAUCGAAGAAUGCUCCGCUGCAAGGCCUGAGAGUUCUAUUUUGGGUCUGAUAGCACAUCAGUCUCUAAGCAUAGUACCGACUGAGCAUCUCUGGUUGACCAAUCUGUACAAUUUGUUGCAGAAAUAUUUCAAGCCUGACAUAAGGACAAAUAUAAGGUUGAAAGUGUUGGAUACAUUAUCGCAUGUUAUUAAAUUGAACAAGCGACAGUAUGAAGAUGAGUUAAUAGAUCGCAUUGUUGUACCCCAUAUGAUGAACAUCGUUCAAACUACUGAUGUAGUCAUUAGAUCUACAGUAGCAAAUCUAUUGAUUGAUCUGUGUUUGGAAUGCGAAUCGAAAAAAUGUUUGGAUCUGUUGGAUAUACUAGAAAAAAUGUUGUUUAGACCAUUCGAGAACCACCCACCUGAUACUAAUAUUUCUCCUGAUAAUGAACAUAGUGAUAUAAAAUGUUUGAUCGAGGGGUUGAUAAAGGUGUUCAUUAUAAAGAUCCAUAAACUCCCCUCAACUCACGCUAUUAAGAUUUACAAAAUGUUGGUUACGUUCUUGGAGUUGCAUUACAACAAACAGAAAAUUUUUGAGAACUGUCCCAUCGCCAGACGAAUGAUUUUCGAGUGUUUCAUGAAGAUGCGAGCUGAUUCCGUGUACCACUUGGGCUACCAGAAUGGCAAUCAUGUCAAAUUUAGCCCGUACUUGUGUGUGGUGUACAAAAGCAUCGACAGGGGUAAUUUGGGAUCGCCCGUGCCUCAGUCGCCGGCACCGGUGCAAAGAUUGCCCGUCACGGUAACGCACGUGUCCCUCAGGAGGGCUUUUAAAACAGUCAUAACGUGUUUGAAGAUGGAAAAAGAUUGGGAAGUUUUGAGUCUAGUUUUAUUGGAAAUGGCCAAAGGUUUGCAAAACAAGUCGCUCAUUUUAUCAAAAAACGGAAACUCCGAGCUAGACCUGCUUGUUGAUAUCCUUCAUAUAAUGAUCACCGAAAGAACCUUAAACCUACCCGAGUCGCUGAACGUAAAAAUCUCGCGCACCGAUUUCCACGCCAUCGCGCAACUCGUGGUGGUGAACUUGUCCUGCUAUCACAACUAUCUCGAUCAAAUCCACCAACAAAAAAUGAUCCGUUGUCUGCUCAAAUGUUCCAACUCGAUCGGACCGAGGAGUUCGAAACACAGCAUUGCCGCUCUGACGAUUUGUUCGUUGGAAAUGCGCGAGUCCAUGGUCAAGUUGUUGCCGGAGGUGCUACUGAAUUUGUCGAAAAUUUCGGCUACUGUACACAUAGCGAUUCCGGUACUGGAAUUUUUGUCAACUUUGACUCAAUUGCCGACGGUGUAUACGAAUUUCGUGGCUGAUCAAUACAUGGCAGUAUUCGCUAUAUCCUUGCCGUAUACAAAUCCUUUCAAAUACGAGCCUUAUACGGUGUCUUUGGCCCAUCACGUGAUAGCCGUGUGGUUUUUGAAGUGCCGGUUGCCUUUCAGAAAGGACUUCGUUAAGUUUAUUACAAAAGGUCUUCAAACGAACGUUCUGAUACCGUUUGAAGAGACGAAAAGCAGCCUAUUCAAUCAGAACCUGAGCGAUUUGAACCAAGACAGUUCGGAUCGCAAACGGAGUUCCAGCUUAACGGAACAGGGUUCCAGAAAACGAUCCGCGACGGUGUCUUCCACUCGGGAUAAACCCGUCGUGCACCGACCGGCGCCCGAAAAAUCGCUCACUAUGAACUUUUACGAAGAAUUGACGGAGACGUGCAUCGAUUUGAUGGCCAGGUAUACUUAUUCGCCAUGUAGCGCUUUACCGAAAAGUUAUUGGAUCGCUGCCUCUACGUUUUCUUAUAGGCUUCCCGUGGCGGAAUUCUUGAUGAAAGGAGGCCAAAGCAUGAUGUGGUUUAUCGGCAACAAGUUGAUAACGAUAACUACGAGCGGUUGUUCGAAGAAAAUACUGAAGAACGGUCUUUGCGACAAAUGUUGGACGUUGUGCAGCAAGCAGAACGACGGUAGGAAGACAGCUACGGGACGUAGCGGUAGCAACGAGACCGAAGACUUGGAUUGGAUUUCUAGACAGAAUUCCAACGAUAAAUCUAACACGAAUACGUCGGUCAGUUCGCCGAGCGAGGAUAAUAAGAAAAUCGGCGAUAAAUUGGAGAUCGUUUCGUCGAAAUUGCAACAGAUCGCCAGUAAUAUCAAGCAGGAGAAGGAGAGUUGCAAUUGCUGGUGUUCAGGAUGGGCGGAGGUUUAUGUCAGGAGACCCACCGGCGACAUGUCCUGGGUGAUGCGCAUCCAAAAUCACAUAAACUUCACUCAAGCCAUAUACGAGUAUCCAUUGAACGAAAUCUCGACCUUGUUCAUGCCUUCGUUAAUACCGGAAGAGACCGAUCCGCAUGUUAGGCCUCCUCUGCGAAGACAGUUUUCCGAGGAUCAGGCCAAUCCAGACGAUGAUAAAGCUUUGGGUUCCAACCCGAGUUUAACUGAAUCCCCCAAGCAAUCGCCCUCCAGACAAGACUCGCGCGACAGCGUUGAAGAAGAAUUAGAGUACGUAUACGAAGACGGCACCAGAUCGAGAAACCCGGUUCGCAGAUCGAAUUCUAGCCCCGAAAUGUCUGCCAGCUGGAAGAAUCCGUUUCUACAUCAGAAGAUCCUUUCGGAAGAAGACAUCAAAUACUCCGAAGAUGAAGCAGGAAAGAAGAACAAGAGUUACCAAAAGGAUAUGAGAGUCAGUUGCGAGGCUAUACCAGAAGAAAUUGCGGGAUCAGGUACGACCCCACCUUCAAGCGACUCCAUGCAAGUAACGAAAUCGGAUUCGACCGGUAGCAGCACGAUCUUCAGUUCCUCUCACCAUCCGUCGCUUAUGAGCUGUCACAGUUAUCCGGGUUCAUCCCCGCCUAAAGAAAACGUCGCUCCGAAACCAUACCAAACGGUUCCGCCCACUCCGAACGUGGCCAGCAGUUCUCAACAACCGGAAUUCAUCAAGAGACCGACAAACUUACCUAAUUUGACUAAUUUGGAACCGCUGAGCAGUAAACCGCCUCAAAGUCCGACUCAGACGUCGCCCAGGUUCGGAAGGCACGCCCACGUGUUGAUCAAAACCGCAGGGGACGGUCGUGAAAUCCAAAAGAGCUCGUCGGCCUCCACGAUCGAACGCAACACCUCGAUAAACCUGAACUGGGCCAGAGAACGGGCGAGAGAACGCAAAAACAGCGGUAGCGUGGAACGAUUGAGCACUCUGGAGCCGAAUCAGGCUCAGAAGCGCGAUAGGGUGCACACGAUAUCCGUUUCCAGUCCAGCUACUAGGAUAUCGCGAUCGGAUACGCAGCAACAGCAGCAGAAAAAACAGAAAGACCCGCCUAAAAGCGGGAUAAAUCCGAGUUUCGUUUUCCUGCAGCUAUACCACUCUACCACUUUCGCGAAUAAAGCCGAGCGGCCGAUUCUUGUCGAGUGUAAUGAUGUUAUACAAAGGGCUUUGAAGAUUUUGGACCAUAUUCCUCCGUACGAGACGCAUAAAAUGGGCGUGCUUUACGUCAGGGAGGGGCAGAUCAAUUCCGAAGUGGAGAUUUUUAAGAACCGGUUUGGAUCGUUGAGAUAUGUGGAGUUCCUCCAGCAGCUCGGUACUCUUGUCAAAUUGGCUGACUUAGAUCCUCAGGAAUUCUUCCUCGGCGGGUUGGAUCAAGACGGAAACGACGGGAAAUUCGCAUAUAUAUGGCAAGACGACGUCAUCAGAGUGAUGUUCCACGUCGCCACGAUGAUGCCCAAUCAGAAAUCCGAUCCGCAAUGCAACAACAAAAAGAGACACAUCGGAAAUAACUACGUGACGAUCGUCUAUAACGAGAGUGGCGAGGAUUUUAAUAUCAGCACUAUCAAAGGUCAAUACACUUUCGCCUGCAUAAUCAUCCAACCUUUGGAUCUCGGUAUUAACAGCGUCGUUAUAAAAGUCAAAGAGGAGCUGGCGAAUUUGAUGACGUCUUCCGAACCUAAGUUGGUGUCAGAUCAAAAUGUCGGUGUUUUAGCGAGGCAGAUGGCGUUACAUGCUGACAUGGCGUCUUUAGUCAUAAAAUCCGUAAAGAAACGCGCUAGCGAAUCGUACGCAUCCAAUUGGUUGGAAAGAUUGAGAAAGAUAAAAAGCAUAAGGAGUAAAGUGAUUCAUGACCAAAUGAACAUCGAAAGCAUUUAUCCCUCGGACGAUGGAAGGAAAAAUUAUGUGGAAGAUUUUACUGAUUAUACAUAAAAAUGUAUUUUUUUAAUAAUUAAUUGUAUGUUUUCGUUGUAGAUUUUAAAUAUUUUUUAACUAUGGGUAUUUAAGCAGGUAUUUUUGAUUUAAUAUUAUUACUUUCUGACUAUACCUAUUAUAUAUCAUAUUAUUGUCGAGUUGCAUAGAAAUUAUCAGAAUAAAUUUAUGAAUCAUAUUAAAUUGUCAUUUUGAAUGAUAAAAAACCGAGGACAACCGGUAUAUAAUUAUUAUUUUGGAAAAAUUUUACUUGCUUAUUAAUUAAAAAAAAAAAAAUGUUUAAAAUUAUGUCUGGUCUGUUGUUGGUUAUUAUUAAUAAUAGAAAAUUCUAUUCGACUCAUUUAUAUACACAAAUAAUUUGUAUUGUG